AUGGCAACACUUCGUGAAACCCCAAAUAUUACUUCAUUAUGUUCACAACGAAGAGAAGAACUUAUGAAAAUGAGAAUGAAAAGAAGAAGUGAAUUACUUAAAAGAGAUAUUAAUAAUAAUCAAUUUGAACAACUUGAAACGUUAAUAUUACAAAGUAAUAACCCUACUUUACUUCUUACACAAAAUACUUCUAUUAUUAAUCAAGCUAUUAUGGCUAUUAAUAAAGAUAAUUUUCAAGAACAAUUAAUUGCACUGAGAUUACUUCAUACAAUUAUUUCAUUACAAAUAGAACAGUGCCUUGUAUUAGUUCAAAGUUCAUUUCCUUUUUUAGUAUUUCUUCUUCAAUCACCUAAUAAUGAAAUUGUUGCAAUAACAUCAAAAAUAGUUUCUCUUAUUUGUCAAACAUCCACUCAUUUUAAAGAAAGGUUUAAUUCACAAGGGAUUAUCCCAAUUAUUCUUGAGAAACUUUCAAAAGGUUUUAAUGAAAUUCUAACAUCAAUUUCACUUAUCCAAUUACUUUCUACAUUAACUUUAUCAAAUCCUAUUGGAGUUAAAUUAUUACUAAAUUCUCAGGUUCCUCAAAUGUUAAUGCAAUUUCUUCCUACAAUAAAUAAUACUAAAUUCAUUUCUUCAUCAUUAUUAUUACUAUCUUUAAUAUCAUCUGAUCAACAAUUCAUUUCUGUUUGUAUAAAUCAAAUGGCAUUUCUUCAAUACCUUGCCGUAAUCUUAACUACAUCAAUUCAGCCAAGUAUUAUUGCUCCAACACUAACAAUUAUUGGGAACUUCUUCACUAUUAGUACUCCUUCUCAAUUAGCACCAUUUCUUACUCCGAAUGUUAUUGAUGGAUUAAUUCGAAUAGUACAAAGAGAUAAUGUUUUAAUGAGUGAUGCAGUUUGGGUAUUAGGUAAUCUUGUUAGUGCAACAAAUUUCGAAGUUGUAAGUAAAGUUGUUCAAAGUGGAUGUCUUCCAUUACUGUUUGGACUUUUUGAUAAUACUGAUGAUGACCAACUUAUUAGUUCAUUAUUUGUUACAAUAUCAAAUAUUAUGGCUUCAGAUAAUAAUGGAAGUCAUCCAUUUAUUAAAUGUUGUUUAGAAUUAGGAAUAUUAGAAUAUUUGAUUGAUUAUUUAAAAGAUAACCAAACAAAUGAAUUUAUUAUGUUAUGUUGUGACAUUCUAAAAUUUUUAUUUGAUACAGUACCUGAUUUAUAUCAACGACUAAAAAGACUUAAUGCAAUUGAGCUAUUAACUGAUCUUGCACAGCAUCAUAUCCAAAUUAGAUAUUUAUUGGAUCAAAUCCAAUGGAGACAAUGA